GUCGGGUUUUGCUAGGGUUUACUGCUUGUCUUCCUUUCUCGGCAGUCGGCACAUUCGCGGCUUCGCCUGAUCGCGUACGCCGCUUCGUCCUGAUUCUCAAUCUCUGGUGCUCCCAUGAAGAAAGACAGGGAAUGAAGGACCGCCACCUCGCGCUGAACCAGACCCAGAGGGUCCGCCUCGAGGCCGCGCUUCAAGAGCUCCAGUCCGUUGCGCCCGCCGCUGCCGUCACCGUCGCGGACACCAUUCCCGUCAAUCAAGAGGACAACAUCCUCAACUGCAGAUUCUCGAUGGAGAUGAAUGGGGUUCUGCAAGCCGCGGAUGCCAAGUACUGGGUUUACAAGGGUGAGGGCGCCGCGAAUCUCAUCCUCAGCUACACCGGCUCAUCCCCUACUAUGCUUGGCAAGGUAUUGCGGGUCAAGAAGCUUCUAAAUGACAAGUCACAGCUGCCACCAAGUUGUAUGGUCUUCUCAAGUCAUGAGCAACUCCUGUGGGGCCAUAUUCCAGAACUGGUUGAGUCUGUCAAACAAGAUUGCUUGGCUCAAGCCUAUGCUGUACAUGUUAUGAGCCAACAUCUGGGUGCCAAUCAUGUCGAUGGUGGGGUUCAUGUACGUGUUUCUAGGGAUUUUCUAGAGCUUGUUGAAAAGAAUGUUCUUAGCAGCCGUCCUCCUUGGAGAGUAAAUGCAAGUUCAAUUGAUAUCACUGCUGAUGCCGCUCUUCUAAUAGCAGACCACUCUUUAUUCUCUGGUACUCCAAAGGGUAGCAGCUGCAUAGCUGUAGAGAUAAAGGCCAAAUGUGGGUUUGUGCCAUCAUCAGAAUAUAUAUCAAAAGAUAAUUCUAUCAAGAAACAAGUAACGAGAUAUAAAAUGCAUCAGCACCUCAAAUUUCAUCAGGGUGAGAUAUCGAAGACUAGUGAAUACAAUCCUCUUGAUCUAUUUUCUGAGUCGAAAGAAAGAAUAAGCAUGGCCAUCAAGUCAUUUUUCUCAACUCCUCAGAACAACUUCAGGAUUUUUGUCAAUGGAUCUUUAGCUUUUGGUGGCAUGGGAGGUGGUGCAGAUAGUGUUCAUCCUGCUGACACUGAUAAGUGCAUUAAAGAUCUCAGCAAGGUCAGUGGCCUGGAACUCCCUGACUUCACUGAGCUCCUGUCAGAGACAAUUUUCAAAUCUGGGGUAUUGGGCAAACUGUUGACCACUCAAAAGCUGGAUGAUCAUGACAUUGAAGGGGCAAUUCAUCUGUACUACAACAUAAUUUCUCAGCCUUGUUUAGUCUGCAAAAACCUAACUGAUGUAGAGCUAUUGCGGAAGUACACACUCUUGCAUUCUCUUCCGUUGGACAAGAGCUUGAAGAUUGUCAGAAACUUCCUCAUUUCUGCUACUGCAAAGGACUGUAGCCUGAUGAUCAGCUUUCGGCCAAGAGAGAAUGGAAGUACAGAUUCUGAGUAUGAUUCAGUGUUUCUUGAAUCAGCGAAGCGAACCUAUGAGUACAAGACAUAUUUCGUUGAUCUGGAUGUGAAACCUCUGGACAAGAUGGUACAUUAUUUUAAACUGGAUCAGAGGAUAGUCAAUUCCUACACAAGAUAUGGGGAGGUCUUGCCACCUCCAAAGGGCAAGUAAUACCAAAGACACUUCGGCGAUUCAGCUCCAACAAUGAGGAGCCUCUCUUCUUACUAUAUACGUCUGGACUAUGGAGAAGGGUGCAUCAGAGAGCUCCAGCCCACUACGCCCUUAGGUUCUGUGCAUAUAUUGUUGUAUCUCUUAACUGUUUGAUGAUAUGGAAUAUUCUUUUCCCAAUAUGGUACCGAGCCUUUCUUGAGCCUCCUCCUCGCUGCCGCUCUUCUUCGGAAUGCCGCGGCAUUUGCCCUCCCCUCAUGUUUGGCGAGCCGGCUGCACGUACAGCACGACAGUGAGUGCCAGGGACAUGCACAUCAUGGCGACGGUUUAAGCUUGUGGACACUCAGCAGAUAGGGUGAUGACCGCCAUUCCCUGUAUGACAGACACGAUGUGCAUGCAACAUGAUCAGCCAUUCGAUGCAUUUGAUUUGA